AUGUUCGAUGUAAGUCUGUUCUUUCGUUGCAUUUUUCUCCUUAGAUGCUGUACAUAUCUUUCAGCGUUGACAGACGUUUUUGGAACUCUCACGUCUUCGACCUUAUCACUCUCAUUGUCUAUGAUCAACUGCCCCAUCUCUGUCAACCAUAAAUCUUCAAGAAUUAUAUCUAACCAGCCUAGCCCAAUCUAUCCAAGCUUUCUUGACCUUUUUCUUUUCUUUUUUUUUAUUAUUAAGCGUACCCUUUAUUCAUUGUUUCAGGUUAUAUUAAAUGUCACCUUUUAUUUCGUCCUUUUUUUAAUGCGUUCAGGCUCUCUUCCAUCAGAUUUCUUUUCUUUCUCUCUUUUCUUUCUUCCAUCUUCACGUUCCCCUUUUUAUACUCUACACUUUUUAUGCCAUCAUCUUCCUUUCUUCUUUUUGAGCCUAUUCGUUGAGACCCGUCAACUGAUCCGAGUGUCCCCACUCCAGUCUUCUGUCACGCUUAAUAAUACAGCGUCUCGCAUCCACGCCGAGAAGAAAAGAGCUCCUUCUAAAACUCCAGGUGUUCCCUCUUCACACCACCAUAAGAGGACAGCAGGCAUUUUGAUAAAGUGCGAUAUUUUUUUUUUGACUUAUGUUGAACUGAUUCAUUCAUUUUCCCGCCAAGUGAAAAUUUCUUUCUUUCUUUCUUUCUUUCUUUCUUUCUUUAUUUAUUUCUUUCUUCCUUUUCUUUCUUUUUCAAUUUCUUUUUUGUCCUGUCUUCUAAUUAUCCUUCCUUUUUUCAUGUCUUGUCCUAUUUCUCUGUGUUUUCUUUCUUUCUUUCUUUCUUUCUUUCUUUCUUUCUUUCUUUCUUUCUUUCUUUCUUUCUUUCUUGUCCUAGUUUCUUUCUUUCAAUUUCUUUUUGUCCUGUCUUCUAAUUAUCCUUCCUUUUUCAUGUCUUGUCCUAUUUCUCUGUGUUUUCUUUCUUUCUUUCUUUCUUUCUUUCUUUCUUUCUUUCUUUCUUUCUUUCAAUUUCCUUUUGCCCUGUCUUAUUUUCUAAUUAUCCUUCCUUUUUCAUGUCUUGUCCGAUUUCUUUCUUUCUUUCUUUCUUUCUUUCUUUCUUUCUUUCUUUCUUCUUCCCCAUUCUCUCUUUUAUUCUUGAAAUAUCUGGAUGGUUUGGAAUAA